CCGGAAGGGGCGGGGACGGCGGCGGCAACACCUCCAAUCUCUGCGGCGGCGGCGGCGGUGGCUAGAAGGGGAGCGGCGGUUCUGCGGCCAGCCGGUCUUUCGUGCGCAGAGGGAGACUGGGGAGCUGGUGCGGCUUGCUAGGAAGCGAGCCUGCGGGAAGGAGCGGGCCAGCUGGUUCCGGUCUGAGGAGGUGGAAGGGCUGCGGCGGGCUCGGUCUGAGGGCGAAGAGACCCGAGAGGAGGCGGGUCGGGGCGCCAGCGGCGCGAGGCCAGGGAGACGGGACACUGAAAAAAGGGGGAACUGAGAGGACGUUGGAAGAGGAAGAUGCCUAGUACGGACCUUCUGAUGUUGAAGAACUUUGAGCCUUACUUCGAGAUUUUGGAAGCAUAUUCCACAAAAGCCAAGAAUUAUGUAAAUGGGUAUUGCAUCAAAUAUGAGCCCUGGCAGCUAAUUGCAUGGAGUGUCCUGUGGACCCUGCUGAUAGUUUGGGCAUAUGGGUUUAUCUUCCAGCCGGAGAGCUUAUGGUCAAGGUUUAAAAAGAAAUUUUUUAGGCUCGUGAGGAAGAUGCCGUUUCUUGGUAAGAAGAUUCAGAAAGAGUUGGACAAGAUCACGGAAGACCUUGGGAAGCACUUGCAGUACCUGAAAGUGGAUAAAGACUAUGUGAAAGCCCUGCCUGCCCAGGGUCUGAGCACAACAGCAGUCCUGGAGAGACUCAAGGAGUACAGCUCCAUGGAUGGUAUCUGGCAAGAAGGGAAGGCCUCAGGAGCUGUGUACAGCGGGGAGGAGAAGCUCACGGAGCUGCUUGUGCAGGCGUAUGGAAAUUUUGCAUGGAGUAACCCACUGCAUCCAGAUAUUUUCCCAGGACUACGCAAAUUAGAGGCAGAAAUUGUGAGGAUGGCGUGUUCCUUGUUCAAUGGGGGACCAGAUUCUUGUGGAUGUGUGACCUCCGGGGGGACAGAAAGCAUCCUGAUGGCCUGCAAAGCUUAUCGGGACCUGGCCUUAGAGAAGGGGAUCAAAACUCCCGAAAUAGUGGUUCCCGUAAGUGCCCAUGCUGCAUUUGACAAAGCAGCCAGUUAUUUUGGGAUGAAGAUGGUGCGGGUCCCACUGAACAAGAUGAUGGAGGUGAAUGUGCGGGCAAUGAGAAGAGCCAUCUCCAAGAACACUGCUAUGCUCGUCUGCUCUGCGCCACAGUUUCCUCAUGGUGUGAUAGAUCCUAUCCCAGAAGUGGCCAAGCUGGCCAUCAAAUACAAAAUACCUCUUCAUGUAGAUGCCUGUCUGGGGGGUUUCCUUAUCGUCUUUAUGGAGAAAGCAGGAUACCCACUGGAGAAACCAUUCGAUUUCCGGGUAGAAGGUGUAACCAGUAUUUCGGCUGAUACCCAUAAGUAUGGCUACGCCCCCAAAGGCUCGUCCGUGGUGUUGUACCGUAACAAGAAAUACAGGAAGUACCAGUUCUUCAUUACUACAGAUUGGCCAGGUGGCAUCUACGCUUCCCCAAGCAUUGCAGGCUCACGGCCUGGUGGCAUCAUUGCAGCCUGUUGGGCCACCUUGAUGCACUUCGGUGAAAACGGCUAUGUUGAAGCCACCAAACAGAUCAUCAAAACUGCUCGCUUCCUCCGAUCUGAACUGGAAAAUAUUAAAGGCAUCUUCAUUUUCGGGGAUCCUCAGUUGUCAGUCAUUUCUCUGGGCUCCCAUGAUUUUGACAUUUACCGGCUAUCAAACUUGAUGACUGCUAAGGGGUGGAACUUGAACCAGUUGCAGUUUCCACCCAGCAUUCAUAUCUGCAUCACAUUAGUACAUACCCGGAAGCGAGUGGCAAUCCAGUUCUUAAAGGACGUCCGGGAAUCUGUCACCCAAAUCAUGAAGAACUGCAAAGCAAAGGUCACAGGAAUGGGUGCCAUCUAUGGCAUGUCCCAGACAAUCAUUGACAGGAACCUGGUUGCAGAAAUCUCCUCAGUCUUCUUGGACAGCUUGUACAGUACGGACACUGUAACCCAGGGCAGCCAGAUGAAUGGUUCUCCGAAACCUCGCUGAGCUUGGGGCUUUUCUAGGCCAUCUCAGAGGGCUCCUGGCCUUCAGAAGGUUCUCCUCCUGUGACUGCAUUAGUGCCAGGGCCUGAUGGUGUUCUCAAAGGGACCUACAAUAGCCACUUUAAUUUCUGAUUAAGAGUCUUAGUUUGAUUUAAUGUUUCUGAAGGCUUUUCAUUUUAUGUGCAUUUGUGUGUGAAAGCACAAAAUACCUGUUCUGUGCCAGAUAGGUAGGGUUCUUAAUGGUAUGAUGUUGCUAGCAGAUGUCAGAUUGGGUUCUACACCCCAUUUUAUACUUGGAAAAUGGUACUUGCCUCUUUUAAAUCUUUUCUCUUAACUUCCUCCUCCCCAUCUGCAUGCUCCUUUCCUAAUUGCACCAAUAAUCUCUUUAAAAGGAAUUAAAUAAUUAAAUGUCCCAAACUCUA